GCCGGGGACCGCGACACUCCGGGUCCGGCUCUCGGCUCAGUUCCAGCUACACCCUCACGGCCAAGCCAACCAUGAAGGACUGCAGUAAGGCGUGUGCCGCGGAAGGUGCCGGAGACCGAGGAGAUGGAGGAGCCGGAGAGGUGGCGAAGACGUUCCAGGCUAAAGAUCUAAUAAUCACACCAGCCACCAUUUUAAAAGAGAAACCAGACCCGAGUGGUCUGGUGUUUGGAAGUGUGUUCACCGAUCACAUGUUGACAGUGGAGUGGUCGUCUGAGGGUGGAUGGGAGAAGCCCCACAUCCAGCCUUUUCAGAACCUCUCGCUGCAUCCUGGAUCUUCAGCUUUGCAUUAUGGAGUGGAGUUGUUUGAAGGACUGAAGGCGUUCCGAGGAGUAGAUAAUAAGAUCCGAUUGUUCAGACCCCAUCUCAACAUGGAUAGAAUGCUCCGAUCGGCUGUGAGGACAACAUUGCCGGGAUUUGAUAAGGAAGAGCUUUUGGAGUGUAUUCAACAACUUGUGAAAUUAGAUCAAGAGUGGGUCCCUUCUUCAACAUCUGCCAGUCUAUAUAUUCGGCCUGCAUUCAUCGGAACUGAGGCUUCUCUUGGAAUCAAGAAGCCUACGAAAGCCCUGCUCUUUGUGAUCUUGAGCCCAGUGGGACCUUAUUUUUCAAGUGGUGCCUUCAAUCCUGUGUCCCUGUGGGCCAACCCAAAGUAUGUAAGAGCCUGGGAAGGGGGAACUGGAGCCUACAAGAUGGGAGGGAAUUACGGCUCUUCUCUUUUUGCGCAAUGUGAAGCAGUGGAGCAUGGGUGUCAGCAGGUGCUGUGGCUCUAUGGAGAGGACAAUCAGAUAACCGAAGUUGGGACUAUGAAUCUUUUCCUUUACUGGAUCAACGAAGAUGGAGAAGAAGAACUGGCAACUCCUCCGCUAGAUGGCAUCAUUCUUCCAGGAGUGACGAGGCAGUGCAUUCUGGACCUGGCACACAAGUGGGGUGAGUUUAAGGUGUCAGAGCGGUACCUCACCAUGGAUGACUUGACAGCUGCCCUGGAGGGGAACAGAGUGAAGGAGAUGUUUGGCGCUGGGACAGCGUGUGUUGUUUGCCCAGUUUCUGGGAUCCUAUACAAGGGCGAGAAAAUGCACAUUCCAACCAUGGAGAACGGUCCUAAGCUUGCAAGCCGUAUCUUGGGCAAAUUGACUGAUAUCCAGUAUGGAAGAGAAGAAAGUGACUGGACAAUUGUAUUAUCCUGAAAGGAAAAUACAAGACCUCAACCGUAUGAGCUUGGGAUGAACCCGUUGCAAUGGAAUUGUGAUAGAUUCCUUUGGCUACCUGUCAGUUGUCCUAAUGUAGCUUGUAGGAUCAGUAUAUUACAAGGGUGAUUCUCUUCUUAGGCUAGAGAAAAUGAAUUGCAGUCAUUCAUGGUGUUCUGUAAGCUUGGUAGUAGCUUAUGUUCCCUUUUCCUAGAAAGCCAUCUAACAUAGGACUUUGCUCAGUAAUUUGAGUGCCUCCCUUAGUCCUUCACUUAGAUACAACAAUGUUUACUCCUUGGUAUAAAUUAUACACUCCUCCUCCGCCAAACUCAGUGUUUUUGUAUGUGGGUUUGAAAGCUGAUUGAAAUGCAUUUCAUGGGUAGUGUUCCAUGUAUCACAUCUUUAUCCUUGGAAAGUGUUUGCUUUUUUAACUCAAGACUGAAAAACCGGAUUUUCUUCACCUUACGGUUUUGCAGACCACUAGGUCCAUCCUAGGGGCCAUAUCUCCCUUCUUGCUGGUGCCAUAGUGUGCUCCAAGCUCAACCUGUAUGUCAGACCUGAGCACGGGUCUACCAUGCCCUUUCCACUCGGCAGUGCCAUUGGCUGUCAGGCAUCUACAAGACAGGAAAUCGUAUGCUUAUAAGACCUUUGGAUCCCCAGUGCCUGUUGCACACUAGGUACUCAAGUCCAUGGUAUACCUGGUGAAUGAAUGACCAUGUAGCUUCUGUACAAGUGCAUUUUGUUCCUCUAUUAUGAGUCCUCCUUCUUAGAAUUAGUGAUGGAUUCUGACUUUGUGUGUGUUUACCUCAUGCCUUGUUUUCCAUGGACUACUUAAUCAGGAUAGGUACUCAGAGGCACAGUUAGUUGGAGGAAUCAUUUCCUGGUUGAAGACCACUUUGAGACUGAAACAGUCAUCCUGGAGAGAAAUCAUAAUAUCACACCCAGCAAAUGGAAAUAGCAAAUGUUAUACUCCAUGUGUUAAAUACAAAAUAGAUGGUCUUUCAUGUCGGGGAUAGGUAAAAAACAAAGAGGUAUAUGCUGUUGUUGUAAGUGGUCUUUUCUGUUGAUUGGAGACCAAGUGAGCACACGGAGACAGAGGGGAAGAGCUGUGAAUUAGAGUUGCGUGCUAACUGGUUUAUCUAGGAGAAAGUUAAAUCUUGAUAGGAAACAUUUGUCCUUGGACAGUCAACUCUCAGAUACUGAAUUUUGGUUUUCUUCAGUUCAAAUCAUUUUCAUUUUACUUAUCAUAUUUUAUUGGUUUUUUUCAGAGCAAGGGGUAAAUACAUUCUAAAAGUUUCCUUAAGACAUUUAUCAGCAUGUAGUAAAUGGACUUUGAAUCUCUUCCAAAACUUUCUACCUUAGGGUCACUUUGAGAAUUGAAUGGCAAAAUGGACGUUAACAAAGUGUAAGAUGAAAAGACUGGUGGCAGUAUCUUUGGGGAGAGUUUUAAUUGGAGAUCUAAGCCUUGGGGAGGGCUCUCCUUUUCAGAUCUUCUGUGCUCCUGUCUCACCAAGUGGCAUCUAAGGGGAUGCUUUGGCUUAGCUAAAUUCAUUCCCCUCAUUCUGAAUACAGUAGCCUCGAAAAAAAAUUUCAGGUAAUUUUAAUGAUCAUCUAAUGCAUAAUAACUAGAAUCUGUUCCUAUGAGAAAUGGAAAUGACUUGUUUGCCAUAAAUAUAUUUUAUACACAGGACAUGCCCAUUGUGAAAGUUAGAGAACAUUGAUUUUGUCAGAUUGCUUUUCCAGAGAGCAUUUUAUGCCCUUUCUACCAGACUCA